UGAAAAGCCGCCACUUUUUUUAAUUUUUAUUCAUAUAAUUGAAGGUCUCGUUUUAUAUACCUAUGUUUGUCAACAAGAAACCGCUGCCAUUCCGUACCAUUCCGCAGGUUGGUCGCAGAGUGUGUAGAGCUAUGAGCGGGGUUAAAGAAACACGCGAGGAGAAGGACUCCAUGGGCACCAUCAAGGUCCAAAGUGAUAGAUACUGGGGUGCCCAAACCCAGCGUUCGCUGCAUCACUUCUCGAUCGGCGGUCCAGGAGAUCACUUCCCACGUCCCAUGAUCAAGGCGUUGGGGACACUCAAGAAGGCUGCCGCAUUGACAAACCUUGACCUCAAGCAACUUCCGGACGAGAAGGUAUCGCUGAUUGUAGCUGCGGCUGAUGAAGUUAUCGAGGGCAAGCUCGAUGAGCACUUCCCACUGUUUGUGUGGCAGACGGGGUCUGGGACUCAGACCAACAUGAACACGAAUGAGGUUAUCUCCAACAGAGCUAUUGAGAUGGCAGGUGGCACCCUGGGCAGCAAGUCUCCUAUCCACCCGAACGAUGAUGUGAACAGAGGCCAGUCAUCGAAUGAUACCUUCCCAACGGCUAUGCACAUCGCUGCAGUGGAUGUCACCAAAACCGAUGUGUUGCCGGCACUGAAGCUGCUUCGGGAUGCUAUCGAGCUGAAGAGGAAGGAGUUCGAGUUUGUCGUAAAGUGCGGGCGCACGCACAUGCAGGAUGCCACCCCGCUUACCGUGGGUCAAGAGUUCAGCGGUUUUGUCGCUAUGCUCGAUCUGGGUAUCGAGCAGGUUGAACGAGCCUUGCCCCAGGUCUGCCAAUUGGCAUUGGGAGGUACUGCGGUAGGGACCGGCUUGAACACGCACGCGGACUAUGCCGAGGCCAGUGCCGCAAAAAUAGCAGAGCUCACAGGAAACCCGUUCGUCACAGCACCCAACAAGUUCCAGGCAUUGGCCGGACACGAGCCACUGAUGGGUCUUCAUUCGGCAUACAAGACUGUGGCCACUUCACUAUACAAAAUUGCUAAUGAUAUCCGCUUGCUCGGCUCUGGACCAAGAUGUGGCGUUGGAGAGCUAAGUCUGCCCGAGAAUGAGCCUGGGUCCAGUAUCAUGCCAGGCAAGGUGAAUCCCACACAGUGCGAGGCCCUAACUAUGGUCGCCUGCCAGAUUGUUGGUAACGACUCGGCCGUGGCCAUGGGUGCCAUGAACGGGCACUUCCAGCUCAACGUAUACAAGCCCCUCAUCAUCCGUAACGUGCUACACUCCGCCCUACUUCUGAAUGAUGCCUGUCACAGCUUUGAGGAGUUCUGUGUGCGAGGUUUGGAGCUCAAUGAGCGCGUGAUCGCCGAUAACGUCAGCAAGAGUCUCAUGCUGGUGACAUCACUCAACGAACACAUCGGCUACGACAACUGUGCCAAGAUUGCCAAGCAUGCCCACAAGGAGAACAAAACUCUGAGGGAAUCGGCGAUCGAGCUCGACUUGGUCUCCGCCGAACAGUUUGACCAAUGGGUUGUACCUGCGGAUAUGUGCGGUCCCAAGAAAUAAAGCGGUAGGCCCAUAUGUGCGGUCCCAAGAAAUAGAGCGGUAGGCCCAUAUGUGUGGUCCCAAGAAAUAGUGCGGUAGGCAUAUGAUCCGACUGUCUGAGAAGCAGCGGUCUCUCCUAUUGAAGUAGAAGAUCGCUUUCGCUUUGCAUAUGUUAAUUAGCGUUUAUCAAGAUGAAUAUGCUUUUUGAGUGUGCCUAAACUCUAAUAAAGGACUAAUCUAUUUUUCGGUAGACCGACAUACAACAAAAGUACAGGCUGCGCUCUAGUGGUAGUAUUGACUUAUAACCAAU